ACAGUGAAACAAUACUUGAACCAGGAGGAAGGGGCAAUAAUCCUUUUAUUUGAUUUUAUUUUUUUUCAACCAGGAGAGCCUGUUUGGGGAGAAAGCGGCGAGCUGGUUUGCACCAAACCUAUGCCUUGCCAACCCACACAUUUUUGGAACGAUGAAAACGGCAACAAGUACCGAAAGGCGUAUUUUUCCAGAUUUUCAGGUGUUUGGGCCCACGGAGACUACUGCAAGAUUAACCCCCAGACGGGUGGGAUCGUCAUGUUAGGCCGCAGUGACGGCACGCUGAAUCCGAGCGGAGUGCGGUUUGGCAGUUCGGAGAUCUAUAACAUUGGUAAGCGGAAUUUGAUUUCUGUCAGCCCUUCAAGGUUAGGA